GGACAGGAUUAGCGGGUGAUUGAUUUUAGAAGCAGAGAAUCGGAAACCCUAGCACGUCCCCGUCGCCCAAAUUCUCUGAUACUCAUUUCACUUUUGGGGAUAAAAUGCUAUCACUUGCACUCCGUACGAUCUCCACGCUUCCUUCCAGUUCUAGGCAUCUCCGCCUCCGCCCAAACCAUCGCCCCUCCUUCAGGCCCUUCUCCGUCAACAUGUCUACACACACUCCGCCAAUCGAACACGUCGUCCUCUUCAAGGUUAAAGAUGGCGUCGAUUCCUCUAAGGUAAACGACAUGCUCACUGGCCUCAAUUCCUUAACCUCCCUUGAACAAGUCCUCCAUCUCACCGCCGCCCCCGUCCUCCGCAACUGCUCCUCCGCCUCCAACUUCACUCACCUCCUUCAUAGCCGCUACCCUUCCAAGGAGGAUCUCUCCAGCUACUCCGCCCACUCCGCCCACGUGGACGUUGUCAAGCAAUUUGUUCUUCCUAUCUGCGAUGACAUCAUGGCCGUCGAUUGGGUCGCCGAUGCUUUGCAAGGCCCCGUCGCCGCACCUCCUGGCUCUGCCCUUAGAAUCACCUUCCUCAAACUCAAGGAGAAUCUGGCGGAGGAAGUUAAGAACGAGAUCUUGGAGGUCAUCGCAGGUCUGAGGGAGAAAUUGGGGCCCAAUGUCCAGUUGACGGUGGGCGAGAACUUUUCCCCGGGCAGAGCCAAGGGGUAUUCGAUCGCUUCGAUUGCCAUUUUCCCGGGGCCGAAGGAGUUGGAAGCGGCGUCUUCAGACCCAGAAAUGGUUGAAUUGCAUAAAGAGAAGGUCAGGGAGCAUUUGGAGAGUGUGAUUGUGGUGGAUUACGUGGUUCCGCCGGCGCAAACCGCGAGUCUCUAAUCCCAUCCAUCUAUGAUUGUCGCUACAAACAAAUUUCUGAUGAACGAUGUUAUGUGUUGAAAUUGAAUAAAAGCGUCCACCGUGAUGUAUGAAAUUGUAGCAUUCCGAUGAUUUUGAGUUUCU